AUGUUGACAUCACGCUCCCUCAUACCCAUGCUCGUCGCCGGCAUGCUGGUCACCGGUAUCGGCAAUUCGCUGCUCAACAAGUACCAGGAUAUGCAGUGUGUCGCCAAUUGCGACUCACCCGAUCCCAAGCAGCAUCAAGAAUUCUCCCAGCCUGUGUGGCAGACGCUGCAGAUGUUCCUCGGUGAAUGUCUCUGCUUGCUGCCUGUGCUCUUCCGCACGCUCUACAACCGUUUCUCGGGCAACGACGCGCGCGAUGCAGCAUUGAAAAAGCCGCUCCUCCAAGCACCUCCGGACUCUGGCAUCAUCUUUGACGGCGAUUCCUCGCCUCGCAACCGUGGUGGGGAUGCCGUCUCUUCCUACGAGGCUACGCGCGGCCGUGUGCAUACGGGUGCGACACACGCCCCCACCAACCCGUCCACUCCCGCACCGCCGCCCGAGAUCGCAGGUCGUGCCGUUCAACCAGGCGAACUCAACGAAUCCGGCUUCACCGAUUUCAACGAUAGCAGCUACAUCAACGCCGUCGAUUCCGACGAGGUUGGAGCCUUCAAGGGCGAGGCCCUGUCCGGCAAGGCUAUCGGGCUGUUCUUUAUGCCAGCGCUCUGCGAUAUCUGCGGCACAACGCUGAUGAACGUCGGUCUGCUCUUCACGCCCGUCAGCAUCUAUCAGAUGACAAGAGGCGCGCUGGUCUUGUGGGUCGGUGUGUUUUCGGUAGCCUUUUUGAGGAGACAUCUGCAUCUGUUUCAGUGGCUUAGUCUUGUCACUGUCAUGAUGGGCGUUUCGGUGGUGGGGUUGUCCGGGACGGUGUUCAAGUCGCCUGAAGCGACGGGUGCUUUGGAUGGGGACGAGGAUGACGAACUUACCGAAUCGGCCCAAGCGCUACUCGGUGUGUUUCUCAUUCUCUUCGCUCAGCUGUUUACAGCAUCGCAGUUUGUGCUGGAGGAGAAGAUCAUGUCGAGGUACUCCGUUGAACCUUUACUGGCCGUUGGAUACGAAGGCGUGUUUGGCAGCAUUACGACUCUCAUCGCCAUGCCUCUGCUGCACUACUUUAUCGGUUCGACGGAGGAAGGUCGCGGAGGGUAUUUCGACAUGUCUGCUGGCUUCUACCAGAUCAUGACCGUCCCCGCCGUGCUCAUUUCUUCCAUUGCGAUCUGCUUCACCAUUGCCUUCUUCAACUUCUUCGGUCUCUCCGUGACACGCAACGUCUCGGCUACGGCGAGAAGCACCAUCGACACGUGCAGAACGUUGGGUAUCUGGAUCGUCAGUCUGACCCUGGGUUGGGAGACGUUUAGGUUGCAAUCGGGUAGUCUGCAGGUGUUGGGUUUCGUGCUGUUGGUGUACGGCACGUUCUUGUUCAACGGCAUCGUCAGGCCUCCCGCGUGGUGCGAUCCGUAUAGAGGUAGGGGAAGGUACAGCAGGGUGGCACGGAAUGGGGAUGAGACAGAUGACGAGUCGAGAGCAUGA